GCAUGCAGUAUUAGUACGAGCGCGUGUGUGUAUGGGUCUGUUCCAAAUUUCACCCACCACUCGCUCGUUGGUUGUACAAACAGAGACGUAGCGCUGUAGAGAGGUAGUAGCAGUGUCCGUAGGAUCCUUGGUCAGAGAGGACGGACUCGCUAUCAUUGCUCAGUACCCCCUGUGACGUACAAGGAGCGAAAGAGACCCUUCCCCCCUCCUCCUCCCGCCGUGUGACAGCAUUGACAGAGGUAACUUGGCGUUAGUAACAGAGCGCGAAGAGUGAGUGUAGGACGUGUUGUAGGUUACAGCGGCCAGGUUUUAAGUGAUAAGUGCUUCAGUAUUGAAGAGUGCACGUGGUUGAUAUAAGAUAACUUGUUCUAGCUGUCAGAAUUUGAAAUAUGAGACACUGAAGUUUGUGAUGAAUGAAACAGGGCGGCACUGCAAGACUUAUUUAAAUCCGGAUUCAAACCAGUUUCUUCUGAUGGCAACAGGAAGAUAGAACUUGUUGGAAAGUAUUUAAAAAAUAAUAGGUUGAGAGUGUGGAAACAAGACUGAACCAAUCGAAAACUUGAGUUUUAAGAAGACAUUUAUUUAUAAUUUACACUUGGGAUAAUUUUUAAUUGUGUGUUUUGUGUUAACCUAUAAAUUAUCAUAGACAGUGUUCAUCGCCGGGACAUAAAAAGUAACUAAUCCCGUCUCCUAUUUUGUCGUCAUUGUAUUCUAACAGGACCCGACGUCCUGUUAACACAAAAGAAGUUGCAGGUUGAAGAUCAGCAAGGCUUUGUGCUUUGCCAAGUGUGUUGUAGACAAGACUUGUCGAUACAUUUGUGAGAAUUGUCUCCUGUGCCUCUGAGAUGUAACAUUAAACACGUUUGGUUUCUGUCUUCGUUUUGAGUGGAAACAGAAUCGGUAAAGACACUGAACACUUCGACUUAAUUGUUCCGAGACUUGCAAAAAAUCACCGAAAGAUGUCUCACAAGAGAAAACCCAACUUACACAAGGACAGCGUAUCGACACCAGAGCCUGACGUUACAGAUGACGACCAUUUCCCAGGACGUAAUGGUGAUAUGAGACUAACUGAUGACCGAGAAAUGUCGGGUGAUGACGUGGCUGGGUUGUGGACAGGCUAUCAUAAUGCUUUGGGACUCAAGAAGUCCACACCUCCCGGUGCCAGAGAACAGUCGAGCCCUCUGCUAUUAACCCAGGAGACAUGUUCAGUCCAUGACGAAACUUCAUCAAGCGGUAACAAAGAGGAUGAAGAUGAUGAUGAAGACGAAGGGGAGGACAAGAUUGAUCCACAUCAGUACGAUCCAGAGCGUCUCAAGGCCUUCAAUAUGUUUGUUCGGCUGUUUGUGGACGAAAACCUGGAUCGCAUCGUGCCAAUCUCAAAACAGCCGAAGGAGAAGAUCCAGGCAAUUAUCGACUCGUGUACUCGACAGUUUCCAGAGUUUGCGGAGAGAGCACGCAAGCGAAUUAGGACCUACCUCAAAUCGUGUCGUAGAAACAAGAGGUCCAGGGAGACCAAUGGAGCCUGGGAUGCUGUAAGGACUACACGGCCCACGCCGGCGCAUCUUACUUCAGUUCAGGCAGAGCAGAUUCUGGCUCAAGCCUGCGAGAAUGAGAGCCACAAUGCCAAGAGGAUGCGACUUGGUCUUGAACCCGUCAGCCAGCCACUGCCUCUUCUACCAUCCACCGCUACUGAUAGUCGGCCGUCAUCCAUGGACCACUACUCAUCUCCUGUCGUGGUGGCCAGUGACGCAUCAACUAAGCCUACUCUGUCUACAACCGCCGCUCCCACCAUCAAGUCUGAGCCGCCACCGCUGCACCCUGUAGAUACAGGUUUAUCGCCGGCUUUCAACCCCGCUGCUUCUGUGGGCGUCAAGAAUGCGGUGUCUUCCAUCGAUGCGAUGACCAAAAGCGUGAACACGACAGCUUCAGUUGGAACAGCGGUCAAUGGGAAUACUACGUCGUCUGCCGCCGCACCUACGGCUCUGUACAGACCCAACUUCAGCCAGGCAUUUCAGCGCGCUGCUGCUACUGGACCUUACACUAAUCCGUUGUUCCCUACCCCCCCAUUUGGUUCCGGCAGUAUGAUAAGCAACGGGCCGACAGAUCUCAGCAUGAAAACAAAACCUCUACUAAGCCACAAAUUGAACACGGCUGAGAUGGCAGCAGUGCGGCAACUUAUAACAGGUUACCGCGAGUCAGCUGCUUUCUUGCUGCGCUCUGCUGAUGAGCUUGAACAACUUCUUCUUCAACAGCAGUAAGCACUUGCAAUCUGACAACUGUUUAAAUGUUGUAAAGCGUUGCGUAACGCGCUUAAACAGCAGCAAAUACUGAAACUGUGAAGGUAAAUACUUAGUGACGUUGAAAUUCAUUUCCCCGCACACACAUUGAGGUGUUCUUUAUCACUUUGAUAUUUUCUUUGUGAUUUUUCUGCCGAAGUAAAGAGACCGCAAAUUGACGACCGAAUUUAUUCCUGUUACUAGUGACAAAAACAGGUAUUUGGCUGUCAGAUAUUCUUCUGCAUACUUGGACUGUUGUGGUAUUGCGUUAUCUGCAGCGUAUGAACUAUAUGAGAGGCCCCCAUAAAGCAUGCCAUGUUAAAAAAUGCAGAAUUACUUCGUAAAGUGCGUUCAUAAGCGUGCUUGAAAGGUGAUUGGUGAAUCACGUGUUUUUGGCUUCACAGACAGUGCGAUGAAGCGUAUUUAUUCAGUUGAAUGACAGGAUUUGAUGCUGUUGCAGAAUUGCAAUUGUAGUAGCUGAAUAAAUGUUGAUGUACUAAAGCAGAAGAGGUGUUACGUGAAUGUAGAUGAUGCAAGUCUCAAAACAUAACGGUUCAUCAUUUAUGUGUGCGAACUGUGAUGAGCAGGUGAUGCUAACUCUUCUUACUUAUUGGCAGUCGACCUCGUUCUAACCUGUAAUUCUAGAAUAAUUUCAAUUAUAAUUACAAGGAGAACAUUUUUCUUAUAAAACAAAAAAUGUGUUAUUUUGAUUCCAUGACAUUUUAGAAAAAAAAUGUGUCACCUACAGAAAGACUAUAAAUUUCUACUCUUAAGUUUUGUGUUUGUCUCGUGUUAUCUUAUUUUAAAUUUUACUUCACUUUAAUAGUGGGAGAUAAAAGUACUGCACCAGCAACUUGUUCCUUGUUUUUUUUUUAUAUAUACUUUACAAUGGAUUGAAGACAUUUUCACUGUUCCUUUAAAUGUUGCAUUCAAGCUGUGGAUCCAAGAGGAGACUGCACAAAGUAUUCCUAUGUAAAGUUUGAGUGGAUAAAGCCUUUAGAAGAGCAAAUUUAUUUUCACGGUAGAAUAGUAAACUGGAGUCGCUACUGGACACGUCAUGAUGUGAACCAAGAUCCGAGUAAAAGCCUCGUGUAAUAGAGCUUGUAACUUGAUUUCAGUUUACCUGUGAUCAUGUAAGCCCUAUGAGAUUUCAUGUUUCUUUAUAUCGAUGAAUUAAAUUUUAUUGGUAAAGUCGAGGGUGAAAACUAAAUACAUAAAAUGUAACCGACGAAUUAUAUAUCAGUAGAAAAUUUAACAUUUAUAAAUAUAUAUAAAUCUAAAACAAAUUAAAAAUAAAUAUAUCUAUAUUUCAAAUUGUAUUUUUCCUCCUCUCAAUUUUGUGUUGAAAUGUGUAAUUUUUGUAGUGGAAGUUGAUCGUACCAAAGAGGAUGUACAUAAUUAUUAAUUAUUAGCAGUGUUUUAUAAUUGGACCACAUCUGUCAUUCUGUCUGUAUAUCUCUGUCGAUGUACUAUGGUUCGUGUUCAUUUUUUAAGAUGAUUGGUUAUUCACAGAUUAUAUAUAUAGUAUAUACAUAACCUAGUUUUCAAAAUACGGGACAGUUUUCUGGUUUACAAGGUACGCACGCAAGGGAUAAAUUACAAUGGAGUGUGUGUCCAGUGCAGUUAUUGAAGCCUGGAGUUUAUUUUCUGGUUUACAAGGUGUAAAAAUUGAGUUUAAACAAAACUAUAGAAAAGUGUAAUUUACUUAUAACCAAAGACGAACACUUAUCAGUGCUUCGGUCACGAUACAUGAUAACUAGCUUCAAAGAUGUAGCAAUGGGUGCUGUUGGAUAGACGUAAUGGAAAUGGCUUUUGAAUUAUGUGUUUAUUAAACGGAAUCUUCACCUUAGGAUAACUCAAUACGAUCUGCACUGGAUUAUUAUAAAUGUUAUUAUUACAUUAAUAUUUAUCCGAAGCCCUUAUUGUCAGAUCCUAUGGACAGUUUUUACAUGUUAUUUUUGAAUGUCAUUGUUAAAAAAAAUUUCAAAUUAUUGUAUUACUAUCAUCCUGUACUUUCUGAUUGUACUUAGAAUUACCAGAGUUUUCAACACGAGUGGAAAUUAAAAUCCAACGUACACAGUUUACGUGUUAAAAAUAUGAUUGAAUGAAUUUAACAUUUUAUCAAAAAUUCUGCUGGUGCCUGAGUGAACGUGUAAAACAAGAAUUGUUUUAAAACCCAGUUUGAUGUUGGUGUUCCAGCAAAAUUAACUGCGGCUAUUACGUGUAAUUUAGGUAACUGACGUUCAGUGACGCUGAAUUAUCGUCACGACAAAGUGCUCUUCUGAUGCAGCGCUGUUCUCAAGCAAAUGCCGCACAAGUUGUCUCCCUAAGAAAAUGCAUUGAAACGUGAAUUUGGAAUAGUAGAAAACUUUUUCUCGCAUCAAAGAUUAAUUGUAUUAAACAUUGAAAUGGUUAUUUUUAUGUGGUAAUUUUUUGCUGUUAAAUUUUUUUUAAUGCUGGAGUGGAAAGCGAUACACGUUUUAAAAAAUGAGUUCCUGUUAGUAAAUAUACGUGUUGGUAGAUCUGUACUUGUUUUUGUAUUUGUUGACAACAUUUUAAUUGUGUGUGUGUGGUUAGGUCAUAUGAUUUAUGUAGUUACUUCAUUUCAGUACAGCUUUGUGCAUAAUUUUGCUCGUUUUCAUCAUAGCAUUUGAUACAACAUUUGUGAUAAGCCAUAGAAUUUUAAUAUUAUCCUAAAGUAUGAAAACAGGCUUUUGUGUACUAUUUAUGCCAUAAUGCAAUAGCCCGACACCAACUCGACGACCAUUUGCUCCGUAAACCUAUAGUUAUUAAUAAUUGUAGGUUGUAGAUUCGGAAUCUUACCCUCUCCUGGCCGACAUCCCUUCAUCAGGAGCUAGCUCUUUGUUGGAGGAGGGGGUUAUGUGAUCGAAAAUUUAUCAGCUGUUCUCUGAGCGUGCAUAAUACUGUCAUCAGUGAUGUGAAGAAAUGAUAAAAUAUUCUUAUAAUGAUUCUGGGACGUAGCUUUCAGAAAUAUAUAAGUUUCAAAAAUGAUUUUAUUGGUUCAGUUAAGUUUGAGACUAGAUUUUUCUAUUAUUCGCAUCACAAAUAUCGGUUUUCGUUGCUGGCAUCGUUACUGGAAUCUGCGUCUGAACAAAUUCAUGUUUUUGGUGUGAGCAGUACAAAUAACUUGACAGGCUUACAAGUUCAUUUGAUCACACACACAUAUUCAGAAAAAAAACCUUUUAUAAUAAAUGUUUUCGCAAUUGACAACACGUCGGUGUGUUGAAUGUCUGCGUCAAGCCCUAAGUUAGCUGUAAAUUGGGGGAAGAGGUGGCGAUAAUUUGUUGAUAUUUUGUGUGUUGCGUCCACUGAAAUGCCGCUGAUAAUGAUAAUUUCAGGGAAAUCAAAUUUUGAAAUUAAAUAAUGUUUGGAAUCUUCAUUGAACCGUGCACCAGUUAUGUUAUCGGAAAUGUCGUCUUUACUUGCCAUAGUGGGAUUUUUGUUCAUGACACAUAUAACGUCAAAAUACGAGUUUAUUGAAACAACAGAUAAUAGUGACGGGGGAGAACCAUGAAACACAGGAUCAUGGCUAUGGAAAUAUUGAUACAUCUGCUGUGAUCCCACGAUGAACUGCGUGGUGACGAUGAUGCUCGAUGUAAUCUUUGAGUGAAAAGUUUUCAUUCACAUCCUGCUAUUGCGGGAUUCUUAUAUAGGAUUUCGGGUUCUCGUAGCGGUGGGUAUGAAGACGGUUUUCUUCUGGGUUGUAGUUCCGUGUUGUCUGGUAGACGCUUACCAGUGUUUCAGAGGUCCUCGCUGCCUUCGUCAUCAGGGCGAUGAUGUUGGUGGUAACAGUCACCUCUGCAGCUGUAAAUAGUGUACAUGAAAUUCAUAUUCAUGAUUGAAAGUGGCCUUAGGUAAGACAUCGGUUCUAUUGCAAGCAACAUUAGCGUUGCUUAACUUCCUAUUUCUCUUUAAAUCAAAUACCCCACUAAGGCACAGUAAAUUAAUUAUGGAAUGGUUUUAUUUAUUGUGUAAUGGAUUGGAUUAAAUUAUCAAAUUAGGUCGCAAAUGUGACUGUAACAGGAAGGCAUCAAGGAUAAUUUAUAUUCUUGUUUUAUUAGCCGUCAUCCUUUUCACCCCAGCUGUACUGAAAGAUACUUUUAUCGAUGAUAAAUAAUGAGAAUAAAUUACGAAUUUAGUAAGCAAUUUCUAGGCAACGCUUCAACUUGAGCUAUAUUUAUAAUACUUUUUUGUCUCCUUAAAAGAGAAACUCUUAAGAAACUGGAGUGUCUUCAUAGUAAAGUAUUCUUAGUUUUAAGAGCACGGACGUACAAUUAAAUAUUACAAGACAAAAAUAAUUGAAUUGAUUCUAGGGUUUAAUAAGUAAUUCCUUAAGUCACAUAAUUGAAAGUAAUUAGAAUAUGAAAAUUGCUCAAUUUGAAGUUGCUUGAAAAAUUGUUUGCAUACUGGUUAUUCGAUUUAAAGUUAAAAAGCAAGUUUCAUUACCUCAGGACGUAAGAUUAAACAUUAUUCAGGCCUUAAAUGCAUUUCGAAAUUAAUGUCGUACUGUUUCACAAAGGCAGAAAAUGUGGAAUUUACAUAGAGCAAACACCGUUACUUGCGUAGUGUGUUUGGUCAAUUUUCUGAGAGAGUGAAACUAUAAUGUUGCUGUUUCCUUUUGUAGGUGACGUAAAUGUGAAGUCUAUAGAUCUUUCUUAUGACCUUGUCAUGUGAUCAAAAUCAUUUUUAAUAUAUCUGACAGACAUCAAUGUAACUUCGAUCUACAGUAGUUUUUACCCGAUUUCUUCCCCCUUUAAUGCUCAUCCUGUAGUUACAUAACUUGUGUAAACAUUUUCAGCGUAUCUUUCUUCCACGUGUUAACCAUGUUGAUCGUCCUAAUCUGGACUUUAUUCAUGAUCCAUCGCCAUGUUAUUUGUAAUAAAUUUUCCUUUUCUGUAUUUGAGCACAUUUGUGCUGGUUCGACCAAGAUUUGCUUGUGUUCUGCUUUAACGACCCUAAAAUAUGCAGAAUGGAAUGAAAUAUUACCAGUUAGAUAUCAAUUGAAAGUGCAGAUUAUAAUUUGUAUCAAAGAAUACAUUUCUGAGAAUUGUUUUUUUAUUUCAGAGAAAUUUAACAAGAGCGGAAAGAUUUAUUAUUUGGAGUACGCUAACAUUUCAAAGGUGUUUAUCGUGCCACAUUGUGUCACUGUUGCACUAAUGCAGUCCUAACCCUUUUUUUGUGUCUUUAUUUCUUUCACUGUGACCCCAGGUAAUUAUUGUGCAAGUCUCUUCCAGCAUUGUUCUAAUGUCAUUUAUGUAUAACAUGAACCCUUUGAUCCUAUUGUUGCACACCAAGGGGUUGCAACAAUGGGACUUUUUCCUGCCAUUCCUGCAAGAAAUGUGACAGACGUGUAUUGGACCAUAAGGUGUUAUUUACUCUCACUAGAGUGUAAAGUACGCAUAAAAAUUAGAAUUUGGUUUAGGUAUUCCAUACAGAUUAAAAAUUGUAUUAGAUAAUUUUCAAAUAUUUUUUCUGUUUUUUUUUUAAAAAAAAAAGUUCCGUUUUGGUGAAGAUACUUGAAUUUACAUUUUCAAAAUUGCUGUUUCCAAUGUUAUGAAUGUGUAAAGCAUUUCAAUUACUGUUACUAUAGGUCAUUUUUCAUAUACACUUAGCAGCAGUGACUCAUCGAAACAGGAAAAUAAUAUUUGUACCCAUACUGAACUUCUCUGACACUGGGGGUCAUAACUUCUUCCUCAUAACCUUUGCAGAAGUACAAACUAAACAGUUUUAAUUCAUUAUUCCACAUGUACCUAGCUGUAGGAAAUUUUAUUCUUAAAGUUUUGUCCAGUAAAGCAAACCUGAAUAUAUGUUCAUUAUUGUGUAUUGCAUGCCCCCCCCCCCUUUUUCAAGCAAAAACAUCGUGGCAGUAUUUGUAACAAUUUAAUUAUAAUAUCAUAAUCCUGUAAAACGUCAUAAUUUACGAACUGUUGUCAUGUUGAGCUCGGAUAAGGACAAAAACAAGCAUGUUUUGAAUUAGCGUACGUAAAAAUCGAGUGCUAAUUUUGAAAUGCCAGUGUUGCUAUCAUCAUAUUUGCUCAAAGCGAUGCUAAACUGAAAGAAUGGGAUGGUAGACAGUUAUUUGUUUGUAACACUUCCUCACACAUGCUUGUAGUCAAUGCUGUGUGCAAGAUUUUGUUUUGGUACUGAACUUGUUUGUUCUAACUUCUCCAUAUGUUGUAUUUCUUUUAUUUUAAAUUUGCACAACAACUGUAACACUGCCAGUAGAAACAAUGCAGAAAUAAAUGUUAUAAUUAAAAUA